UGAAAUUCGAUAUCACAACUGGGCGAACGUAAAACUUAAAACCACAAAUCCUCUAUUAAGAACAAUCAUUAGCCUUGGAUUCUUGGCGCAAGUCAACAUUUUGCUGACAGUUUUGGCAGGAAAUACGCUGUGAAAGAUAUGCUUACUGGUAUAUAUUGCAGUAUUGGACAAAUUUCAAGUAUCAAAUGUGGAAGUGCUGACAACCGCAUAAUUGUAUAAAGUUCAGUGUUUAACUUUUGUUGUUUAUAAACUUAUUGAAGAACUAAAUGUCUCAGAGAAGAUCUUUAAGGAAAAUUGUGAAAGAUUGGCGGGAAACUUUGAGUGAGGCAAAUGGAAUUAAACCAAAUUUGGAACCAUUUUGGAAGACUCAAUUGGGCAAAGGAAUUCGUCGUCUUACGUCAAGCGAACCUUCCUCGAAAGGUAACCAAGACGAAAAUACAACUUGGUAUGCAGGGGAAAACACGAAUAACGAAAGGUAUUAACUGCGUCGAUCAUUUCCUAAAUGAACCGUUUGAAACCAAACGGUUUCGUUUACGAGCUAGCUAUAGUUUAGUGGCCAAUAACAACUGUGAAGCACUGCCCAUUAACUGUCAAAUCUGUCUCAAUUUGCAUGACAAUUACAUAUGGCUUUUUUAUUUGUAGUACAUGCUAAGGAUUACGUAUGCAAUAUUAUACUUCUGAAUUGCAUAGAGGCGUCUGCUUCAAAAGCAAAACAAACCUAACGUCAUUUCUGAUGUUUUAGCUGGGAUUUAAGGAUUUUAAUAACAUAAACGUUUAUAUAUUUUAUUGUGUGAUCAGCGCUCAGGCUCGUGCAAAAAUUGCUCCAAACAGCGGCAGUAUUUUAUUCGAACCAUGGAAACUCCUGAAAGCCCGACACUUCGAUUUUUAUCAUUGCAAUAUGAUUGUGCAAAUAGAAUUAUUAAAGAGAAAACUCCAGAAGAGAGGUAAAUGCUCGUAUUUUUGUUGCAAAUUUAGACGUUCUUGCUAGGGUUUUCUCUUCCAUAGUAGGUGAAAGGGUUAUGUUUCAAUCUUUCAAAAUCGUAUCUAUGAGACCGUUGUAGUUAAUCCUUUUCUUUGUUUAAUUGGAGUUUGAAUCCAAAUAAAAUGACGGUUUAAAACAUUAAAAGAUUUUGCCCGAAGUUCAAAUCAUGAUUGUGUUUAUUUUACAAAAUGCCAUUGUGGUAUCAGUGACUUUGUAUCAAUAUUAUCAUUGAAUCAUUUCAGAAAACAUUCGUACCUCCCCACGGAGGAAAUUGAACGUUAACCUUACCCCCUUCGGAUGUCCUAAUACACUUACUAUUAUCAGAAACCAUUUUUCUCCCCUUUCCUUUCAGAUGGCAGAAAUUUCCUUUGUGGGGGGACUUAAUUUAACAGGGUCUUUUCUUGAACAACCUUUUAAAUAAUACCUAGCUCUUUGAAACUUGCAAUAUGACUUCCAGCCAGACCAUUUGAGCAGGCUGGAAUAAGUCUGAUCGAUUCACUAGGAUUUUUGUCUUGUUCAUGGAUCUUGGCAAGCCAUUUGUUAGCCGCCCUCAUUGGCCAGACAGGUGUAUAUGGCAUGGCUAAUAGCUUUACAAGUAUCAAUGCAUGUUUUGCUCAAUAUUAUUUGAUUGGCAGCUAUAGCUAGUUUGUAGGAUUAAUUGCAAUGAGUAAAGCAAAGUUGGAUUGAACCCACUGCACUGCAUGUGGAAAGGGGGGGGGGGCAAACAAUGUGGCCCCCUACCCACCUGGGACAGGUACAACCUGCAUGUGAGAUGCUGGUUAAUUAAUUUGCUGAUUUUCAUUUGAACAUGCUAGCUGAGAAUUCCUAUAGCCAUGAGCACCAGAAUAACAUACCGAAGCAGUUAAACAGGGGCAUGCAGGGACAAACUAUAAGUACAAUACAUGUUAAUUGGUUGUGUCAAAAUAUGCACCUAAAAACCCACUAGAGUACCAGCACUCUCCCCUUGACGAGUAAAAUCGUCGAGCAUUAGACUGAGAGUAAAAUAAUAAGUAAGGGCGCAUUUAAGGACACAUUCCAUUUUAAUGGGUUAAUAAGUUUUUAAAUGCUAUCUUGCUAAUUCUUGUCCUCGCUUAGAAAGAGAAUAGUUAACCAUUGCGUGGCACACUCUCCACUUGAGGAGUAAAAUUGUCUGGUGUUAAUUAAGGCGGUUUUCUAGUCCUCGCACAAAGCUCCUCACAGCUCGCUGCGAGUUCUUGCAUCUAAUUAAAAUGAACUGUUUACAUUGUGAUUGGAUGAAAGUGCUCAUGCAUCACUCGCAGCGAGCUGCGAGGAGCUUCGUGCAAGGACUGGAAAUCCACCUUUAGACAGAGUAAAAUACUAAAGUAGGAUGCAUCAGGGUGCAUUGCCACUUCAAGGGUUAAAUAGAGAGCAUUAAUUGAUAUAUUUCACUUUACUUGUAUGCAAUUGAUCACCAGAAUUGCACCGAUUCUGAUGAUCCAAUGCGUCACUGACCGUACCCACAUACAUUGUUUGGGUCUUCUUGCUUGACCCUUUAAGUGGCAAUUUGCUCUAUACUUUAUUAUUUUACUCUGUCUAAUGCCAGACAAUUUUACUCUGUCCAAUGCAAGCCACAGUAGAUGAUUUUACUUGUCAAGGGGAGAGCGCUGCCACUCUGUGGGUUAAGGCCAGCUGGUUCUAUAGCUAGCCAAGUUAAAAGUUUAAUUAAUAUCUAAUUUUAGAGCCUUGGAUUUGGAUGAUGCAUUCUUUGAAAAAAUUACUGAGUUAGACUGGAAGAAACAAAGUCUUAAGCCGCAAUCACAGGCAAUUAAGGUAUAACAGUAAUUGUAGCUAGUUGUUGGUGGUGGUGUUGCGGAUUGUGGUCAUGUGACCGGUUUGUUGCAUUGAUCAUGGUAGUGGUGGUAUAUAAGUGAUGAUUGUUGUAGUGGUUUUGUUGCAGAUCGGUUUGUUGCAUCAUCACCCCCACCAUCAUCACCCCCACCAUCAUCACCCCCACCAUCAUCACCCUCACCAUCAUCAUCACCCCCACCAUCAUCACCCCACCAUCAUCACCCCACCAUGAUCACCACCACCAUGAUCACCACCACCAUGAUCAUCACCCCCACCAUCAUCACCCCCACCAUCAUCACCACCAUCAUCAUCACCAAUCAUCAUCAUCACCACCAUCAUCAUCAUCAUCACCACCAUCAUGACAAUCAUCAUCAUCACCAAUCAUCAUGACCAAUCAUCAUCAUCACCACCAUCAUCAUCACCACCAUCAUCAUCACCAAUCAUCAUCACCACCAUCAUCAUCAUCAUCACCACCAUCAUCAUGACAAUCAUCAUACUACCACUUGGUGAUGAUGAUUGUGAUAGUGCCAGUAGUGAUGGUAGCAAGUGAUGGUUAUGCUCUUUGUUCAGAACCUACCAUCAACAUCACAUGAGGAAACAGAAGAAUAUUCAGGAGAUGAUGAAGAGGUGAAACAGGCAACAAAACCUUCUCCUCGAGAUAAAAACAAAACACAAUCUGACAAAGAUAAGGUGCGUGUCAAGACGUAGAUGGUUGAUAGUCUUAGUUGACAUAUGUAGCUGCUGGGAAUUGUGUAUUCGAAUUAAUUUGCGUAGUUGUGUUUGAAAGACAAUGUUGCUAACUGCUAAGGUUUUGGAUCUACACACGCAAAAAUGCACAUGUUGUGACUUGUAGCAAUCGGCUAUUGCAACAACUUGUCAACAGCAUGUGUUCGCACUGCUUGUUUCUAGCUUUUGACAAGUUGUCAACGGCUUGUUCGCAACUUGCUACAAGGUUGUUCAGUUCAACAGACUUGUUACAAAUUGUUCUGAGAACAUGUUAUCGUCCUGCAAUUCAACAAUUUGUCAACAUGUUGUGAGUGACAACCUUGUAGCAACUUGAUAAGACAACAACAUUGUUACAACUUGUUAACCAGCUUGCUAUAAGCUUAGCCUGUUGCAAGCACAUCUUGUUGACAAGUUGUGAGAUUUUUACGUGUCUAGGUCUUCUAGUAGUCUCGUCAAGUACGCGGAUAUAUGGUCGUUUCAACCUUUUACUGAAAUUUAAUGAUAUAAUCAAAGGAGUCUAUACUACUGUAGGUGUCACCGUUUUGAUGUUUUCAUCCAUUCAAUAUUAUCUAUUUUUAAAAGGAAUGUUAUGGAAAUCACUUCAAAAUUUGCUUGAGUAGUAUUUGCUUGAGUAGUAUUACUAACAAUUUGAAGCACUUUACCUGAUAUUGACUUGGCACCAUGUAUACUAUGAUAAUUACAUAUGUAAGAGUACCCUUAUAAUAUAUUGCAUAUGUAAGAGUGCCUUUAGACAAGAAGAUGUUCGAUUUCCAAUUAACUUAAAGAUCAAGAAGCGGAUUAAAUGAGAGUGAAUUUUGAGCAGCGUGAUACAUGUUUUUAAUACGUGUGGUUUCAAACUUGUACGCGUUUUACCGAAUCACUCACCGGUUUCCGAUAUUCAGUUUUUUUAUAAGAAAUACCUCACCUUAAAUUUUAAUAGACAACUUGCAUGUUAGACUAAUUUUUGAUAAAGGCAAAAAAAGUAAAUUCCUGUGAAGAAUUCCUUGCGAAAUGUUGUAAAAUACGGAAAAUAUAGCCUUGCGGAGUUUGCAUAUUUUGUAUAUGCAUAUUUACGUGCGGAAAUUGUUACCAUUUUUGAGCCGAAAAUGGUAACAAUUUCCGCACGUAAUACAAACAUAUACAAAAUAUGCAAACUUUGCAAGGCUAUAUUUUCCAAGCAAAUUUUGCAAUGUUACUAAUUCCAUUAAUCAUUAUGUACUUUUUAGCUGUGGUGUUUGAUUCCCUUCUCUUUAUUUAGUUUAAAAUUUAGUCUAACAUGCAAGCACGUUGUCCAUUGGGUGCCAUAAAUAUUUGUUAAUAUAUGAUUAUGUGUUUUGAUUAUUAUACUAACUGACUCUUCUGGCUUCGUUUCUGUAGUGUUCAGAACUGUACGGUGAAGUUUUGUUUGUCACAGUCAAUCAAUUUGUGUCUGAACAACAGAGGAAAGAUGCGCCAUUACAAGGGGAAAUUUAUGUAUAUGGCCAAGAGGUCAGUCACAGUAAUAACUAAUAAGAAUAUCUUUGGCUCGUGGAAACUGUAAAAAAGAUUAAUAAAAACACCUAAGGACCCACAACAGCUUAUUGAGACGAAAUGCUUAUAAUGUUUCUAGGUAUUUGGAAUUUCUCAAGAUAAACAUCGAGAAUUAUUCUCCCGUGUGAAGGAACGCAAGGUAAAAAGUUGAAUUCUCCUCCACAGACCCUCAUGCCAGAUUGAAUCUGAUUAUGGAGUAUUGGUUAAUGGGACCGCUAAGAGGGGGGAGGCCCUCAUAGAAACAAAGACCGUUAAAAUUUCUUGACAGAAGAUUGCUUAACCAAGAAUAUAAGUCCUAGUUUUGUCACUAUCGAAUAAUACACAGGUAAAAAUCUCACAACGUCUCAACAAGAUGUGUUCGCAACUGGCUUGAAUUAUUUUAUCAAGUUGCUACAAGGUUGUCACUCACAAUUUGUUGAGAAAUUGUUGCCUUGCAGGACGAUAACAAGUUGUUGGAACAACUUGUUACGUCAAGUAUGUUGAGCUCAACAACUUCGUAGGAGUGUAGUAUGCAUGUUGUCAAUAGUCCUUGGCAACUUGUCAACAAGCUGGGAACAAGCGAUGCGAACAUACAGUAUACUGUUGUUGACAGGUUGUUGAAACAGCAUUGCUAGAAGUCUGCUGUAGGUUUGUUACAACUUGCGCGUUUUUACGUGUGUAUGCAAUAAAGUAGAAAACAUUGUAUAACACCGCUUCUCCCGUUUUACAGUUAUGACGUCGUUAGGCCGCCCUGGGAAAAGUUUACUCCAGGGCCCGCGCAACCUCUUGGCGAUCCUGCAAGUCAUGUUAAGUAAACACUCAAUUAGUAGUUUUUAUUUUUCAUAAUUUUCUUCUUUAUCUAACUUGCAGCCUCCGACAUGCCAUGUUGAAGUAAAAGGUGAGUAAAAAUACUAAAUAAAGUUUUGCUGACGCUAAAUCUUUUUCCCUAAUAUAUAUACUGCAUUUUAUCCACAGUUGUUGAAGCCAAAGAUAUUGAAGCGAAGGAUGCUAAUGGUAUGUUUUUCUGUCAUGAGUAGAGUUUCUGUUUAUUUGCGCAAAUAAUAAUAUGAAGCCCCAUUUCUCCCCCCCCCCAUGAACUCCCUCCCUGGUAUUCCUACUCCUCCUCUUCUGCAACGUCGCUCCCACGUUCUCUCGUUUCCCUCCUGACUCUGCCUCCUUUUCCCCUCAAAUUCUAUUCUCUGAAAAAAUGUUGAUUGUGUAGUUCAAUUAAUCUCCAAAAUCACCACGUCCAGACCUGCAUUUUGUUCGGAGCAACGGCUCGGAGCUAGCAUGGCCUCGGAGCAUUUAUGAGUCUUGCUAGGUAGAAUCGGCAAGAUAAAGACCGUUGCAAACAUGAAGAAAUGACACUUGAACCUAUCAAAUAAAUUCAAAUUUACGCCAGUCUAACCUUGUUCAGAGCACUUUUGAAGCUAAUCAUUGGCAGUUACUCCGCGCUCUUCUGCAUGAGCAGGGACAUAACAAACUCGUAUCUCCUUUUCUCUUGCAGGCUUCAGUGAUCCUUACUGCAUGCUCGGUAUUGUCACCGACAAUUCAUUUGAUCGCAAACUGAAACGAAAGACGAGCAAAACAAAAACCGUAACACAACAACUAGACGAAGAUCUUAUUAAGGUCACUUCUGUCCAGAAGAAAACUCUGAAUCCAACGUGGAACGAAAUUAUUACACUGUAAGAAUUAAUUUUUAGAAAUUGGGAAAUUUUCGUAUCAUUGAACAAGAAACUAAAGAUACACUAACGGGGUGAUAUGCACUGCGACUGGUGGGAAGGAGAGAGGAAGCGGGAAGGGAGAACGGAAGGAGGGAGGAGGGAGAGAGAGAAAGGAAGACGGGAGGGGAAGGGGGAGGUAGGAAUAAAGGAAGGGAAGGAGAGAGGGAGGAGGGACAGAAAGAAAGGAGGAAGGGAAGUGAGAGGUAGGUAGUGAGGGGAAAGGGAGAGAGGAAUAAUUGAAGGGGAGGAGGGAGGGAGGAUGAAAGUAAGGGACGACUGGGUAGAUAGACGGACGGAAGGGAGGAUUGAAAGAAGAAAGGAUUGAGAGAUAAGUAGUACGGGUAGAAAUUUUGACGGAAGGUAAACAGACAGCCGGAAGGACGGACGGACAAAAAUAUUGGCAGAAAGUAGACAGACAGCCAGAAGAAUGGACGGACAAAAAUAUUGGCAGAAAGUAGACAGACAGCCGGAAGGACGGACGGACAAAGAUAUUGGCGGAAGGUAAAACAGACAGCCAGAAGGACGGACGGACAAAAAUAUUGGCAGAAAGUAGACAGCCAGCCAGCCAGCCAGAAGAAUGGACGGACAAAAAUAUUGGCAGAAAGUAGACAGACAGCCGGAAGGACGGACGGACAAAGAUGUUGGCGGAAGGUAAAACAGCCAGCCAGAAGGACGGACGGACAAAAAUAUUGGCAGAAAGUAGACAGACAGCCGGAAGGUCGAACGAAUAGCAAAAUGAAUAAUAAUAUUUUUAUUUGUAGAAAAGUAAACGAUGUUCUAACGGAGACGUUGCACUUGGACAUGUGGGACGAAGAUGAAGACUCUGCCUUUCUUGAUAAAGAUAACAGACUAACGCAGAUCAGGGGUGUUGCUGGUGUUGGGCGGUAAGUAAAACGCGAACGUCGCUGCUGCGUUUCGUGCCUGAACUGAAUUAAUUUUAUUCCAUCUUUAGUUUCCUAAAACAAGUCGUUCAGUCAAGCAGGAAGUGUAGUAGUGGCUCGAGCAUGGAUGAUUUUCUUGGAUUUGUCGAGUUUCCCAUUAAGGUAAAACCGCUUCUUUCAUUUAAUAAGUCACUCGUUGUUGUAAACUUUUGAGUUUUGAUUUGGUUGUUUUUCACUUGUGAACAAUAUUUUUUCUCAUUUGGCCAGGACAUUCCUUCAAACGGUAUAGACCAGUGGUUCCCCUUACAAGCUCGAUCAGCCAAGUCGAAAACACAUGGUGAAUGUCAUCUUGUCAUAAGACUUGUUGGACGCCAGGUAUAAAAGUUUAUAUAUACUAAAACUGUCUGUACCAGUGUGGGUAGUACCAAUAUGAAAAUGCUGUGCUGAGUGGUUAUAUUAUACUACCUUAAAAAAUAAGCAGAAACUCGACGUUUCGAGCGAAGGCGGCCCUUCGUCGAGAGUCUCGAAACUUCGAGUUUCUGCUUAUUUUUUAAGGUAGUAAUAUAACCACUCAGCACAAUAAAAGUUUAUACCAGACCGCUUCACUCAAAAUCGUUGAAGGUCUCAUGAUCUUGGCAAAAUAACGUCGUUGACUUGAAGCUAUCUACAGCAUCAGAUAUAACAGUAUGACAAAUUAGGAAUGGAAUCGCUGUUUUAAAACUGGAAUCGCCAUUUGAAGCUACUCACCGUUUCAAAGUACAAGCCUUUCCUCCUUAUUAACUCAUUAACUCAUUGAGCGCCGGUUUCCCUAGAUGAGUAAAAUCGUCUGAUGUUAGACAGAGUAAAAUAAUAAAGCGGGGGCAGCAUGGCGCAACUUAAUGGGUUUCCUUGACAUAUGUGCUGAUAGCUAUUGUCCCUUGACAAGUAAAAUCGAUUGGCGUUAGUCAGAGUAAAAUAAUAAAGUAGGGCCCAUUAUGGAGCAUUGCAUCUUAAUGGAUUAAAACUUAUAGUUAUUCUUUUCAGAACAAUAACAAUGAAGAUCCAGUAAAGUCCAGUACAUCCAAACGGGACACAUAUGCUGCCUUACUUAAAGCCUUUGUCGAUUAUGAUGGCGUUCAUGCAGAGGUAUAGCUACCAAUGUUUAACAUCUUUGUCUAGUUUUCUGGGAUAAAAUUAGUGAUUUGGUGAUUUGCUCAUGCAUUUUGCAACUAUUAUUUUUUUAUUGUCAGGAUUUCGAUGAUGUUUUUACAAGUGGAGAGUUGUCACGAUUUGCUCGUUGGAUCUUGCAUCAAUACGUUGUUCAAAAUAACAUCACUCUAUUACAGAGAGCUGUUUGGUAAGUGAGAGUCAUGGUUAACUCUGUCAGAUCUUAAAGGUGACAUGGCGGGAAUACUUUUAUGGUCUUAUUUGGAAGAAUCGUUAAAAUUAUAACGUACAGUAGAACCCCGCAUAUAAGAACCGAUAAUUUAAGAACCUUAAUAACAUUUUUAUUAAUUACAUUCCCUUUAAAUAAGAACUUGUUUAGGGUAGAAUUUCAAAGCAGGUUCUUAUUUUAUCAAAUAGAGUCAAAACUAAAAAUUUGUAAAUCGAAUAAAAUAAGCUCUUCCCAAAGUAAUGAAAAUGACCCAGAACCCUGGAAAUGCCAUUCAGAUAAAUAACAUGUCCAUGUGAACACAACAACAAAUAAUUGUAUUUCUUCAGUGAAAAUACUACAUGACAAUCUCAACUGCUAGUGACUGUAAGCAAGGUCUUCCAGCAUCAUGGACUGUUAGAUCAUUUGUGCAUAAUUUAUAUAAAUUAUAUACCACAACUAUUCCAAAACUGAGUCGCUUUUUUCUUAAGGAAAUCAACCUAUUUAAGAACCUGUUUAGCCCAAUUUUCUGCACCAGGUACAUAAGAACCUGUUUAGGCUAAUUUGGAAAAAUCUAGGUUCUUAUAUCGGCGAGGUUUUAUUGUGUACUGUACCACCAACAGCUCAGAGCAAGGAAGUAUGUAGGAUUAAAUUGAUCUCACAAAAUAAUGUAUGUGUGCCUGUCCAUAUAGUGAGUGGGAAGUGUACAGCGCAUAUCAUCAGACAAAGCCUUUGAAAUAUUCGUUCUUGGAAGAACUGCUAUCAAGUAUUGCUUACAACUGGAAAACGGGCGGACUCAGUCUUGCUGAUGUGAGUGUCUACUAUCACUGUUCUCCCUAGAAGUCCAGUAAAGGUCUUCUUAUUAGUCCAGUGUUACUACAAGAGGAACCUAAGUUAAACAAUUAACUUUGUUUGUAUUGGAUAGCUUUAUUAUAGUUCUGAUCUGUUCUCUCUAGAGAUCUUAUUGAUCCAGUGUUACUACAGGAGGAAACCUAAACUAAACUUUAUUUGUAGUAUAGAUAGCUUUAUCAGUUGUAAACUGUUCUCUUUAGAGAUCCAGUAAGAGCCAUCCCUUAUUGAUCCAGAGUUACUUUAGGAGGAAACCUAUAAACUAAUGUAACUUUAUUCAUACUGGAUAUAGUUCUAUCGGUUCUAAACUGUUCUCUCUGGAGAUCCAGCAGGAGUCGUGCCUUAUUGAUAAUACUACAGGAGGAAACCAAGCUCUAUCACUUUUAGAAUUGCUCUAUCAGUUCUAAACUGGUCUCCCUAGACGUGCAGUAAGGAUCGGCAUCUCUUAUUGAUCCAUGCAGUGUUAAUAAUACAGAGGGAAACCUAAACUAAUUAACUAACUUUACUGUUCUCCUUAGUCUUAGAGGUCCAGUAAGGGUAUAAUCACUAAAUUUUGUUUAUUGUUUUAUCUAAUGACUUUCCAGGAAGAAACAUUUCAUCAAUCAUUGGAUGCUUUCGUGGAAUAUUGUCUUCGUUUAAUAAAUAAUCACAGAUCUUUAUAUCCAGCCACUAAAUCAGCAAAAUUAUCACGUUUGAAAAACAUGUUGCAGUAAGUACCGUUUUUUAUUCAAAAGUUUUUUGUUUGUGUCUGCCUCUAUAUGUCUACUCAUAUAAUCUAUUGAGCUUUAUUUGGAAAUCAAUAUUUCACACUCGGUUGAAUGAUAAUUUAUUAAAACCUUCACAUUUUUCUUUAAGUGCCUCCACAAUGCAAUUAAACGCCGUUUCAGGGAGAGCAUGUAGACCGGGGUCUCCCUAAUAUAUAGAAUUGUGACUUCACAAAUUAUUAAUUAGUUGCCCCCCCCCCAAAAAUAAAAACUUGGAAGAGCCACACCCCUGGAAAUCCAGGAAAAUCCUGAAGUUUUCAUUUUAGUUUUGGAAACGUCUUGAAAAGUCCAGCCUAGAAUUUCAAAGAAAAAAUUAAAAUGUUUUUAAAAUUUAAAUGCGAUUGAUAAUAAAACUUACUUGUGCAUAGCAUAUCGAACUUUUUCGAUAGUGGUAUUACUUGAGAGCAAUAUCAUUAAUGGUGAAAACCUUGGCGACCUACUGGCGAAAUCACUUUUGCGAUAUUUCAAAUACCACUGGAAAACUCCUGGUAAACGAAAGAAAAAAGUUCUCGAAAGUCCUAGAUUUUUAAAAUUAUGUAGGUGUACGAAAGCUGUUAGCGUGGUCCACCUUACGUUACAGUGCAAUGCAAUUAGCUUUAAAAUUUUUAAUAUUUCUUGUUUCAGUUGUAUCAAGACAAUACAAAAUAUGCCCAACUACUGCCCCAGUCGUAAUAAGGACAUUAGCGAUGAAAUUGAAAAUACUGUUAAG